GCAGGGGUGCGCGACGGCACCGGGGGCUGCGGUGAACGCCUCGCAGGCUGUGCAGUUCCCAGCGGGGAGGCGCCGUCGCCACUGCCGCCUCGCUCGGUGAGCGCGUCCCGCUCGCCGAGCAAGGCCCCAGCCGACCGCCGGCACCAUGGGCCAGUGCGGCAUCACCUCCUCCAAGACCGUGCUGGUGUUUCUCAACCUCAUCUUCUGGGGAGCAGCUGGCAUUUUAUGCUGUGUGGGAGCCUAUGUCUUCAUCACUUACGACGACUAUGACCCCUUCUUUGAAGAUGUGUACACUCUCAUCCCUGCUGUGGAGAUCAUAGCUGUAGGGGCCCUGCUCUUCAUUAUUGGGCUGAUUGGCUGCUGUGCCACAAUCCGGGAAAGCCGAUGUGGACUUGCCACGUUUGUCAUCAUCCUACUCUUGGUUUUUGUCACAGAAGUUGUUGUAGUGGUUUUGGGAUAUGUUUACAGAGCGAAGGUGGAAAAUGAGGUUGAUCGUAGCAUUCAGAAAGUAUAUAAGACCUACAAUGGAACCAACCCUGAGGCCACUAGCCGGGCUAUUGAUUAUGUUCAGAGACAGCUGCACUGUUGUGGAAUUCACAACUAUUCAGACUGGGAAAAUACAGACUGGUUCAAAGAAACCAAAAACCAGAGUGUCCCUCUUAGCUGUUGCAAAGAGACUGCCAGCAGCUGUAAUGGCAGUCUGGCCCACCCCUUGGACCUCUAUGCCGAGGGGUGUGAGGCUCUAGUUGUGAAGAAGCUGCAAGAAAUCAUGAUGCAUGUUAUCUGGGCAGCGCUGGCAUUUGCAGCUAUUCAGUUGCUGGGCAUGCUGUGUGCCUGCAUCGUAUUGUGCAGAAGGAGUAGAGAUCCUGCUUACGAGCUCCUCAUCACCGGCGGAACCUAUGUGUAGCAGAAAACUCAAGCCUGAGCUUUUUAGUCUUGUUUAUGAUUUGGAAGGUGAAUUGAGCGGGUCCACUACUAUUGGCCUCCUGAGUUCAUUUAGUUAAAGCACACAUACACAGGUGUUGGACAGAGCAGUUUGGCUCUUCAUGUGUCCACCUUCUUACCUUACCACCUAUGACUUUCUUUUCCUCUGUUCUGGCUGACUCUCCAUGUCUGGAAGUGUUUAAGUACGGCAGUAAAUGUUCUAAUCUCAGAACCAUUUGCGAGUUGCGUAGUUUGCUGGAAUUAAAGGCGGAUGUGGGCCUGCUUCUGUUACCUCCAAGCAGUAAUGGGGCUGCUGCUGAAGUAUCAUGGGGUCCUUUCAGUCUUCACAAUGGAGAACUCUUGGCCAAAGGUUUUUUGGGGGAGGGGGAGGCAGUCAGCUGUCUGGUUAAAGUUAAUACCAGAUGGUGCCCCUCAUCAGUGUCCUUUUAAAGAAAUAUAUACUAUAGUCCAGUAAGAUAGCAACUGUACAAAAUGGCUAAAAUAGAUUUUAGAAUCAUACAGUAUGUAUCUUGGUUCAUCUUCAAAAUCAGACUGAUCUUUGAAACUAGCGGUUUUUAAUCAAAGCUGGCUUUAUAGGAGGAGUAUAAUGUAUGCACUACUGUUUUAAAACAAUUAGUGUGAGUGUGUGCGUGUGUUUUUGUAUGAUCGAGCCCAUUCAUCGUAAGUCUAAACUUGUUAGAAAUAAUGUACCCAUGUAGACUAGCAAAAUAAGUAUGUAGAUGUGAUCUCAGUUGUAAAUAGAAAAAUCUAAUUCAAUAAACUCUGUAUCACUCCCU